UCUCUAUCCGCCGCCGUCUCUGUGGUCGCCGGGGCCCCGCCCCUCCCGGGCCGGCCGCGAGCGCCUCGGACUCUGCCCGGAGCCGACCCGGGGACCGCAGUGAUCGCUCGCUAGUAGGACUCGGGGUCAUGGCGGUCCCGGGGCCCGCGCCUGGAGCCGGCGCCAGGCCCAGGUUAGAUCUGCAGUUUCUGCAGCGGUUCCUGAGGAUACAGAAGGUUCUGUUUCCCUCGUGGUCAGCGCAGAACGUCCUGAUGUUCCUGACCCUCUUAUGUGUGGCCCUGCUGGAACAACUGGUCAUCUACCAGGUUGGCCUGAUCCCCAGUCAGUACUACGGGGUCCUGGGGAGCAAAGACUUGGAUGGGUUCAAGGCCCUGACGUUCCUGGCUGUGGUGCUCAUCGUUGUCAACUCCUCGCUGAAGAGCUUUGACCAGUUCACCUGCAAGCUGCUGUAUGUGAGCUGGAGGAAGGACCUCACCGAGCACCUGCACCGCCUCUACUUCCGGGGCCGCGUGUACUACACCCUGAACGUGCUGCGGGAUGACAUCGAUAACCCGGACCAGCGCAUCAGCCAGGACGUGGAGCGGUUCUGCCGGCAGCUCAGCAGCAUGGCCAGCCAGCUGAUCAUCUCCCCCUUCACCCUCGUCUACUACACUUACCAGUGCUUCCAGAGCACAGGCUGGCUUGGGCCCGUGAGCAUCUUCGGGUAUUUCAUGCUGGGGACCAUGGUGAACAAAACUCUGAUGGGGCCCAUUGUGACGAAGCUGGUGCAGCAGGAGAAGCUGGAGGGCGAUUUCAGGUUCAAGCACAUGCAGAUUCGGGUGAACGCAGAGCCUGCUGCUUUCUACAGAGCUGGGCACGUGGAGCACAUGAGGACCGACCGCAGGCUGCAGAGACUCCUGCAGACCCAGAGGGGGCUGAUGUCCAAGGAGCUCUGGCUGUACAUCGGCAUCAACACCUUUGACUACCUUGGCAGCAUCCUGAGUUACAUUGUCAUCGCAAUCCCCAUUUUCAGUGGGGUCUAUGGAGACCUGAGCCCCACAGAGCUUAGCGCGCUGGUCAGCAAGAACGCCUUUGUGUGCAUCUACCUCAUCAGCUGCUUCACCCGGCUCAUCGACCUGUCCACCACGCUCUCAGACGUGGCCGGGUACACUCACAGGAUCGGGGAGCUUCAGGAGGCCCUGCUGGACAUGUCCUUGAAGUCACAGGACUGCGAGAUCCUGGGCGAGAGCCAGUGGGACUUGGACAACCCCCAGGCCGGAAGUGAUGUCUCCAAAGAGAAGCCCCUCCCCAUGGCCUUCUCUGACCCCAGGGCCCCUGGGUGGCCAGCAGCAGAGCCCGCAGACGUGGCCUUUGUCCUGGAGCGGGUCUCCGUCUCCGCCCCCUCAUCCGACAAGCCACUCAUCAAGGACCUGAGCCUGAAGAUCUGCGAGGGCCAGAGCCUGCUCAUCACGGGCAACACGGGCACGGGCAAGACCUCCCUGCUGCGGGUGCUGGGCGGCCUGUGGGCCAGCUCGCGGGGCUCGGUGCAGAUGCUGGCGGAGUUUGGGCCCCACGGGGUACUGUUCCUGCCACAGAAGCCGUUCUUCACCGACGGGACCCUGCGGGAGCAGGUGAUUUACCCGCUGAAGGAGAUCUACCCGGACUCAGGUUCUACUGAUGAUGAGAGGAUCCUAAGGUUCUUGGACUUGGCAGGCCUGUCCAGCUUGGUGACAAGGACAGACGGUCUGGACCAGCAGGUGGAUUGGAACUGGUACGAUGUCCUGUCUCCAGGGGAGAUGCAAAGACUCUCCUUCGCCCGGCUCUUCUACCUGCAGCCAAAGUACGCAGUUCUCGAUGAAGCCACCAGCGCGCUGACGGAGGACGUGGAGGGCGAGCUCUACCGCAUUGGCCAGCAGCUGGGCGUGACCUUCAUCAGCGUGGGCCACAGGCGCAGCCUGGAGAAGUUUCACUCCUUGCUUCUGAGGCUCUGUGGAGGAGGAAGAUGGGAACUGAGCAGACUCAAGGCGCCAUGAGGCUGAGGACGGGACUGGCCCCGGGCAGGCCAGCUGAGCUCCCGGUGGGUGCACGGCAGGCGAGGCCUAUGGGGGAGCCCUGGCCGGGGCGGCCCAGGGACAGGCCUCCAUGCUUGAAGUGCUGAUUCCUUACACAUUACUUCAGCCCCUGUUGGCUGAAGGAAAAUCGGAGCGUGUGGGAUCAUGAGGAAUUUGCAGGGUCAGGGUGGAAAGAAUACUGGCCCUGGAGUGAAGAGAUUCAGCUCAGGUUUGCAACUGUAAUGAACUGACCAUGGAAAUUUUAUAUAAAAAAGUAUUUUUGCA